AUGAGAAACUCAUUUCAAUUAGCACCACUACGUGCGAGUUCAAUUGAUAUUCAUCCGAAUGCAAAAUGGGCACAGAAUGGCGUCACUGUGGCUGGAGGAAGUGGACAAGGGCAUGGAUUAAAUCAACUCGAUUUUCCGUGUGGUUUAUAUGUCGACGAUGAUCAAACGAUUUAUGUCGCUGAUAACAAUAAUCACCGUAUUGUGGAAUGGAAAUAUGGUGCAUCAAGUGGUCAAGUAGUCGCCGGUGGAAGAGGAUAUGGAAAUGCAGUUCAUCAGUUAUGUAACCCAGAAGAUGUGAUUGUCGAUAAAGAGAGAGAUAGUCUCAUCAUCUGCGAUUCGCAGAAUGGAAGAGUAGUUCGAUGGCCUCGUCGAAAUGGUAUUAGUAGAGAAACAAUUAUCUCAAACAUCUUUUGCCGUGGUUUGACAAUGGACGAGAAUGGAUCUUUCUAUGUCGCUGACGCUGGAAAACAUGAAGUGAGACGAUAUCGAAUUGAUGAUACUGAAGGAACAGUGGUUGCAGGUGGCAAUGGACAAGGAAAUCGUCUCGAUCAACUCGAUAGCCCCCUCCACGUCUUUGUCGAUCGACAUCAUUCAGUAUACGUGUCUGAUAAUGGAAAUCAUCGUGUGAUGGAAUGGGAAGAAGGUGCACAACAAGGCAUUGUCGUAGCCGGUGGUCAAGGAGAAGGAAAUAGUCUUAAACAAUUGUCACGUCUUCAAGGAAUUGUUGUCGAUCAAUUGGGCACUGUCUAUGUGGCUGAUUGUGUCAAUCCUCAAAUAACGCGUUGGCCAAAAGGAGCCAAACAGGGAAGUGUGAUUGCUGGUGGAAACGGUCAAGGAGGACUGUCGAAUCAAUUUUAUAGUCCCAUGGGUUUAUCAUUUGAUCGACAUGGCAAUCUCUAUGUCGUUGAUUCAUGGAAUCAUCGAGUACAAAAAUUUAAUAUCGAACAGACAAAAAUCAAGUAA